ACCACCGUCUCUGCCGCCUCCUCUUCUUCAUCUCUUUACUUCCAUUUUUUUCUCAUUUUUCUUGAAUUUUUAGUCAAAUCACCUCAAUUUAAAAAUACCCAUUUCAAAAGAUCACAAAUCAACCCUGUUUUUCACCUCAAAGAUCAUUAAUUUUAGUUGUUUUUUUUUUAAUUUUUUGGUUUCUUGAUUUCUUGAUUUUUAUGUUUUUGUAUCUAUAUGUGUUUGUGUAGUUGAUUUUAGUGCUUUGCGUGUGUAAUUGUGUGUGUUUUGAUAGAAAAGUUUUGAUCUUUAUUGGAUAUGUCCCAAAGGGAUCUUUUGUAUAUAACUCCCAAGCCUUGUAGGCAUCUUGUUGAGUAUAAGAUCAAGAAUGGUAUUACUGGUUAUAAUGUGAUUCAAAGUUACAUAAAAAGUGGUUUUUAUAGUGGAAAAGUGAUUAAAAAUGCUAGAUCAGAAAUACCCAGAUGUGGUUUUUGUUGUGGGAGUAAAGGUAGAUUGUAUGUAUGUUUGAUCUGUUUGGAAGUUUCUUGUUCUUUGUUUGAUGAAUCAAAUCAUGCCCUUUUGCAUACUCAAUCUGAAUAUGGUCAUGAGAUUGCUGUGGAUGUAGAAAGGGCUGAGCUUUAUUGCUUUUCUUGUUGUGAUCAGGUUUAUGAUCCUGAUUUCGAUAAGGCUGUGAUGUGUAAGUAUGGGUUGGGAUUGAGAAAUGGGAGUAAUGGUGUGGUGGGGGGUGAGUUGAGGUAUAGUAAGCGGAAAAGAUUGGAUUUUGGGGUGGAUUUGUUUUUGAGGAAUGAUAAGAAGUUGGUUUGGGACAAUGAUCGGAGGUCAAAGUCGUGUUUUCCUUUGGGUUUGAGGGGUUUGAAUAAUUUGGGUAAUACUUGUUUUAUGAAUUCUGUGUUGCAAGCAUUGCUUCAUGCUCCUCCUUUGAGGAAUUAUUUCCUUAGUGAUCAGCAUAAUCGUGAAGCUUGUCGGAAAAGGUCAUCUGAUAAAUUGUGUUUGCCUUGCGAUAUGGAUGUUAUAUUUUCUGCGGCCUUUUCUGGUGACAGGAGUCCAUAUAGUCCAGCACAGUUUCUUUCCAGUUGGUGGCAGAUAUCAGAGAAUCUUGCUAGUUAUGAGCAGCAGGAUGCUCACGAAUUCCUCAUCUCAAUGCUGGACAGGAUCCAUGAGAAAGAAGUGAAAACAAAAUAUCCAAAUAAAGAUAAUGUGAAUUGCCAUUGUAUAGCUCAUAGAGUGUUCUCUGGCCUUCUGAGAUCAGAUGUCACUUGUACAACGUGCGGAUUCACUUCGACAACUUACGAUCCAUGCAUGGACAUUUCGCUUGAUUUGAACACAAGCUCCUGCUCUAAUAGAGAUUUGCCCAACAAGGUAAGCAAGCCAACUGAGUGUACUGCAUCUUCGACUCUUGGGGGCUGCUUGGAUCUCUUCACAAGGCCUGAGAAAUUGGGCUCAGACCAGAAACUGUUUUGCCAGGGUUGUCAAGAAAGGCGUGAGUCGGUGAAACAAAUGUCCAUCAGAAAACUCCCAUUGGUUUUGUGUUUGCAUAUAAAAAGGUUUGAACAUUCUUUUGUUAGAAAAAUGUCCAAAAAAAUUGACCGCCAUUUGCAGUUCCCGUUCUCUCUAGACAUGACCCCAUACUUAUCAUCUUCAGUUGUGAGGAAAAGGUUUGGAAACAGAAUCUUUGCGUUUGAGGGUGAUGAGUCGGAUCUUUCCACCAAGUUUGAUGUUUUUGCCGUGGUUACACAUUCUGGGAUGCUAGAAUCUGGUCACUAUGUGACUUAUUUACGAUUGAAGAGUCACUGGUACAAAUGUGAUGAUGCUUGGAUAACCGAAGUUGAUGAAGAGGUGGUCAGAUCUUUACAGACAUAUUUGGUAUUUUACGUUCAAAAAACUCUUUGCACAAAAUCAGUCGAGGAUGUAGGUUGCUUGCCUUUGUCUCCUCGCGGGGACAAAUUUGUUCCAAUUUCCGGUUGUUGCUAAUUUUAAUGCUAGACUGGAGGGAGCUGUUUCAAGUGAAACUGAGUCGAACCUGAAAGUAUGGUGGCUGCAUUUGAAGAAUCUUUGAUUAAAAGGAAAAGGCCCUCCAUUUGUUCUCGGUAGUGGAUCAAGGUUUAAUGUUUUGAGAAUUGCAGCUUUCUUUUAAUAAUUUAUAAGCGAUUCCUUUGAUUGGCAACUAACUUAACUGUAAAAGCUUAAAAUACAGUGUUUUUCAGGUUUGUUACUUCAUCAUUGUUCAAUGGUGCAAUCAAGGCUUAUUCUGAAGAUAAAUUUAUAACAGCAAUUGACUUGA